UGCAAUUGUCGCAAUUCUAAUUACAACUACAUUUACGGGAUUAAUGGAAGUUUUAGAACAAAGAUCUUAAUUUUCUUCCGGAGGACGCGAAAAAUCACCACAAUCAUCAUGUCCUUUUCAAGUGAUGAUGAAAUGAUUUUUAAUAAACUUAUGUACGACGAUGAUAUUUCACAGGAAAAUGAAGAAUCUGACAACGAUGAAUUUGAUUUUAAUAUAAACUCCAACAUGUUUCCAACUGAUGCGAAUAUUUUAAUAGACGGGGUUAAUAAUGAUGAUUUAGAAAUUGAUGGAAUGAUAAGGGAGACACUACAUACAGAGACACCUUCAUGCAAUUUAUUUGAUCAGACAAAAGUACAGAGUUUGGGUAAUUUUUCAAUUCGAAAAGAAGUUAAGAAGUACGAAAGAGCCUACAAGAGUCGAAUAAGGAAGAGUCAGAAGAAAUUUAUAAAGGUUUUCAAACCAAAGGCUUGCUCAACGCCAAUUUCAUUUGAUUCGCAUUCACAAGAAAAUUCCGUGAAGCAAAAGGAGAAGCAAAUUGAGGAGAAUCCAGAGACAAAAUGUAUCGAGUAUUUGGAAAAGCAAGAUGAUAAUGUGCCGAAAGCUGCAACAGAGAUAACAUGGAGCAGCAAUGCAAUGAGUAUUGACCUCCUGACAAGUAUAAAGUGGAAUGCAUACCCGGCGCCUCCAUCUAUAGGUCCAUGUGAAAGUACCAAACGUACAGUGGCAACACCAUUCCUCUGCCCGAAUGUAUCUAUUGAAGAAUAUUCAGCAAGUAGCUCAAUUAUUGGACAAAAUAUUUUUUUUAGUCAACUACAAGAUGUGGAGAAGAUAUCCCAAUCAAUUGAUGUGACGGAAAGAAUUGAGAAAAUUGUUGAAUCCCUCGUGGAAGACCUAUGCUGUGAAAAAACUCUUGCCUUUCAUAUCAGGGACACUCGUCCGGAGAAUGUGGAAGUUAUCAAUGACAUAGUAAAAAUGAAACCAAAUGAGCGAGCAAAUUUAAAAACCAUCAACUUCUACAGCAAAAUGUCUGCAGGACGUUACUGUCUCAUUGUUGUGUUGCUCGGGGAAGUAUAUAAACUCCUUAAAACAAAUACAGUCUGCAACAAGAGGGAGAUUUACUAUCGAAAUACGCAAGUGAUUAAAGACAUGAGAAAUCUGCAAAUGGGAAUUAAGGACAUGUGCUCAUUGCUUCAGAUUUCUACAUGGGAAGUGGGUAUUGUGGCAACAGCCAAAGGUCUCGUAUGUGGUCCCCUUCGCAUAAUCAUGGACUCAAAUGAUGUGAUUGAUUGCGGUGCAGUGACGGAGGGUACCUUACUCCCACAUAACUUCAAUGCGAUGAAACGAUUGGAAACAACGGCCAAGUUUGUUCUUGUUGUGGAAAAGGACACGGUAUUUGAGAGAUUCCUCAAAGAUGACAUCUUCAGUCGACUUGGAAUUCCAUUUAUUCUUGUCACAGGGAAGGGUGUCCCAGAUACGUGUACGCGAUUUUUCUUGAAAAGGAUAUGGGAUGAAUUGAAAAUUCCCAUAUACAUCCUUGUAGAUGCGGAUCCAUGUGGGAUUGAAAUAAUGCUCACAUACAGGCAUGGGUCAGUGGCAAUGUGUCAGCAGGCUGACUACUUAGCCAUUCCCAGUAUAAAGUGGAUUGGCAUAUAUCCAUCUGAUUUGAAUGUAUUUGAGAUUUCGACGUUACCACUGAAGGAGUAUGAUAUGCGGAAAAUUAAGAAUAUUCUAAAGAGAUCAUACUUGUUACCACAAAUUGCCCAAGAAGUCAGUAUUCUUCGCGAAAAAGGGAUAAAGGCGGAAAUUGAGGGACUCUACAGUGUGUCUGAUAACUACAUUAUUGAUGAUUAUCUAGCGCAGAAAUUGAAGGACAAUGCAGGUAUUUGA